AUGGGGCUGCUCUCGUACCUCAUGACCAUAAGCGCCAUUGGCGUUGGCCUCUUCGCUUUGGCAAAACGCAACCACGAGAGAGCGGGGGCCCCGCGCCAAGAACAGUUCAUCCCCUUCAAGAAGUACGGGGACGACACGAAGCAGCCCCUUGUCAUCGUCCCGGGUUUGGAUGGGGUGACGGCGUUUUUCUCCGACAUCGUGCCGGAGCUAGCAUUGAAUUUUCACGUAGUCAUGUUUAAUCUGCCGCUGGCAUCGCCGCCUCUGAGUCGAGCAGCAGUGGAGGGGGAGAGGUACGACAUGUCCUACAUCGCCAGGCGAUUAGCUGGGGUCAUGGAAGAUGCGGGAAUCAAGGGCGGCGCGAGCAUCGUGGGGGAGAGUUUUGGCGGGAUGGUGGCCCAGCGAUUAGCUCUCGAUUUCCCGGACAAGGUGAAGGGGCUAGUCCUUCUCAGCAGCCUUGCGAAGCUGGAGCUGCCACCCAGUGUCAAGUUUAAGGCCGACUUCGUGCUGCCUGUGGUGGAGAGCAUCGGCUAUCUGCUCCCGUUCGUGGCGCAAAGCCUCUUCUCGGUGGCACAUAUGCCAGACGUGGUAGAAAAGGACGAGCCGCUGUGGGCGAAACACUUGGUUCUAAAGGAGGCGAGCUGGGUGGACCACUGGUCAGUCAUGGCGCGAACAAAGAUAGCGCUUGAUUUUGACACAACCCAUGAGCUCGAGAACAUCAAGACCGGUGCUCUUGUGCUGUUCGGCGAGAACGAUACCUUCACGGCGACGGGCGCACAGCAGCUCAUCGACGGCAUCGAAGGCUCCCGAAAAGUGGGUCUCCCUGGAGGACACUUGUGCCACAUCACCAGUCCUAAGGCGUUCUCGGAAGCGGUCACGGACUACCUGCUAGUGUCGUCGUCGUGACGGGGUGAAGUGCAGGCAGGCAUGUGGAAGAAGAGAAGAACAAACUCCUGAUGUUUUUUUCCGAAACUCAUGCGGAAGGGGAAAAGGGGCCUCCAUCUUGGCUGUUUUUUUGGGAAACCGUGACGGAUGUUUGUGUUGUGUCGGGAGGGGGGCGGUUGGGGAGGAUGAUUAUCUUCUGCGUGUCCCCUAAUCUGCACGUUGCGAUACUACAGAGUAAGGGAGGGGUCGAGCUUUCUCGUGGGCGGGGGACAUGAUGCAGGUCGCUGGAAGACACCUCGGCUGCUAGAUACCAUCAGCAAAGUAGCGUACGAAGUCGGGCUAACGUAUUUUAAGUUGGUACCGCCAAGGGUACCCUACUUGCUGCCCUCGAAACCGAGAGGGUGGUUGGUGGUAGGGCACAGCAGUGUGUCACGUCUUUAGGGAAAAACCUCAGCUAUGUACCCAACAGAUGCCCAAUGUCGAAGAGCAAGUGCAUGGCCGAGGGACGGAUGAAGGCGGGCUGCUAACCUCUUCAAGCUAUAGCUUUGUCGGUCGUUCGUGGUGUAUGUCUCUGACGUUGA